CACGACCAAACAACGCCAUCCAUGUCCGCCCACGGCCCAUCUCAGACAAGGCCGCCCUCGUCACGCUCCAGCGACGCCGAUGCCAGCGACGCCAUGCACGACGGCGAGCCUGCCUCUGCGCCCCACGAGCCCACGCCGCUGCCCAUGCACGGCGCGUUGCAGCCAGACAUGUCCCAGCCUUGGAUCAAGCAUGAGCCCGCCGCCACGCCGCCUGGCCACACGCCCGCCACGCCCGACGACAUGGACACCGACGCACUCAAGGCACUCGACAUUGCCAAGCAGAGCGAUCUUGGCCUGCGCAGGCGACACCAGCAGCCUGCUGCCGACAGCACACAGUCGCCCGUCGCCUCCAAUGCUGCGCCCAUGCCCACAAAGAAGCGGCCCGCGCCCACAGGAGCCUCCGCCGUGCGCAAAAAGGGCACCGCAAAGACAACAAAGCCGAACAAAAAGCGCAAGGUCGAGGCCGACGACGGCGCCACACGCUCCGUCACACCCACCUCGCGCGUCUCGCGCCCGCCCAAGGGAGCCAAGAAGGGCUCCCAAGCAGGCACCCCUGCCCUCGAAUCCUCUCCCGCCCCAGACACCUCGUCUCAGGCCCAUGCCUCUGACGACGACGGCGACUCGUCCGAAGACCACAACCUGUAUUGUCUUUGCAAAAAGCCAGACAACCACAAGUGGAUGAUUGGCUGUGAUGGAGGCUGCGACGACUGGUUUCAUGGCGACUGUGUCAACAUGAAGCAGGCCGACGAGGAGCUGGUCGACAAAUUCAUCUGCCCACUCUGCGAAGAGCGUGGAAGAGGCCAUACCACAUGGAAGCCCAUGUGCAGACGCGACGGCUGCCGCAAGCCCGCCUGUCUCGUCAAGGGAAGGGAAAGCAAGUAUUGCUCUGACGACUGCGGUCUUCUCUUCAUGUCGGAGCAAUUGCAACGCACAGCGGGUGCAAAGAACAGCAGCGCUGCGAGAGAUAAAUCAAAGAAGAAGAAAAAGACGGCAGACGGCGACGGAGUCGAAGAGGAAGAGCCGACACCGCUUGGCGGUACCCUGCGAGCCAAGGACCUGAAGGCGCUCGUCGACGCAUCGCCAAACAUCCAGGCCUUCAAGAACCUAGGUACUGGCGUCCUUACUCCCCCGCAAACCGCUUCGCCAUCCCGGUCAAAGUUUCCCUCCAACGCCGAGGAUCUUGCCUUGACCGCCAGUGAAAUUGACCGACUGACAGCUUUACACAAGGAAAAGCUACAGUUGAAGGAUAGGCUUGAGGUGCUCAAGGACCGAGAGAAAUUCGUCAGCAUGGCAAAAGAGCAGGCAGUUCGCCUGGCAGAUCGCGACAAGAUCAAGAUCAAGGACUUUUGCGGAUAUGAUUCACGAUUGAGUUGGUCCGACGCAGAGUUCCUUCUUUGGCGCAAUAGCAAGCACGGUCGUGCCGUCUUUGAGCAUUCGACGCUAUCCCCCACAGACGAGCAGAUGUCCUCGAUACCAGACGUCAACGGCGUGGACCUCAUGGACAUUGAAAUCAAAGAAACGGCCUGUCUAAAGAAGCGCUGCCAAAAGCACCCACAAUGGCAAAAGCUCAAUCUGCAAGAUGCACGCUUCGAGGAGCUCGAGGUUGUAGAGGCAAUCAAGGAGUGCGAAAAGGAAGAGCAAUCUGUUUGUGAACGCGCACGCCGGAGGGGAACCAAGGACGGACUAGCAAAGGAACUUACUGCCGGCGACAUGCUAAAAGGGGAACGCAAUCGAGAGGGCUGGGUGGAGACUGUUAGCUAAUAGUAAUAGCGAGUGUAAUCAGAAU